GAGCGAGCGAGCGAGCGAGCGAGCGAGCCGGUGUUCGGCGCGGCCGGAGCCCACCGGCCUGGGCACUGGGCUGCGGCAGACCAAGCCGUUGAGGCCGAGGAGGAGAGGGGUCCCGCGGCGGCCGGCGGCCUCGGGCUGGAGUCCGGCGCUGUCACGGCCACCGGCUCAGCAGAUCCGCGGCGCCCCUCCUCCGCUCGCCCCCCGCCCGCCCGCCUGCCUGCUUGCCUGCCCGCCUGCCUGCGGGAGGGAGGAAAACAGUGGGCACGUGACUCGGAAGCGUGACUUUGUUGAUCUCUGUGUGUCUGGCCCGGGUCCGUGGGGUCGCGGCCCAGGAGAGGGAGGGGGCGGCAGGAGACCUCCGAGUUCUGCUGUGGUGGACCACAGCGGGGGAUGGGAGAAGGCGAGGGGCAGGAGGGUGACAGGGACCUCCUUGGAAUCCUUUCCAAAUUAGUUUUUUCCCCUUCCUCAUCUUAUAGACCUGUCGGGGUGGAGGAGGGGACGCCCCUGGGUCUAAACAGGGUUGAGCUGAGCCACUGCGUUUGACUGAGCCCUGGGGAAAGAGGAGACAGUCUCUGUUGACACCUCUACCUUUUCAGGCUUUCCCAGCUCGAACCUUUGUCUCCUCUUCCGGCUUUCUUCUUCCAGUGCUGGCUUCUCUGUGCUUUUCGAGGUCUCCCCAGCUACUACUUGUUUCUCCUUCUAGAUGUAUGGGGCUGAGGGAGGCGGGAUGGAGUGCACCUUGGUGCUUCCAAGGGCUGGCAGGUGGGUGCUCGAGAGACCUGGGGCUGUGCAUGUCGUCCAGUCAUUCCCCUCCUCCCUGACCCAUGCUUCCACCCUUGCCAGCAUUGAUGGGGGUAAUCUCUAUGGGGAGGGACUUGGUCAUCUUUUCUCCCUGCUCUCGCCCCUGGAAGUGCAAGGGCAGGCAUAGACCUUAGGCCCACCCACCUAUCCCUUCCCAUUCCCCUUCAUCACAGUCUAAUAAAUCCCCAAGCAUCUGGUGGUCUGUGAGUCUGAGUGUGUCCCCGGAGCCCUGUACUGGACAACUCAUCCAGCCAGAAGCACAGUCAUUUUGGGCAGAGUGUAGUUGUGGAGGGAACCCCAGGUGCUCUAACACACGCUCAGAGAGAGGAACUUCAGGGGAUCACAGAUUCUCUAGUCCAGAUUCAGAAUUUCCUGCAGCAGCCACCCUCUCCCAAUUUGGACAGUGUCUGCAGUGGCUUUGAGUACAGCCUUUAACUGCCCUCCCCCCUAACCCAGCUGAGCUCUCGUCAGCUGCUCUAACUUCUCCCUCUCAGUUCCCCAUCUCCUCCCAGCCUGUCUCCAGAAGAGAAGCUGGGAAUAGAACCCCUCCCCCCUUCCUGCCUCUCUUGUCUAUUGUGCCUCGAGUUGCUCAGUUCUUUGGAAAAUGAAACUGACUGCUCCCUUGCCCCUAAUCCCUGAAAUCACAGCUUCGGGGACACUUUUCUUGACCCCAAUUCAUGGGUCUAUUUCUCUAGCCAACAUCCCUAUCUCCUCCUUGUCCUUGAUGACACCUUUAGGCUGGGGCAGGGAGAUGGAGGAUGAGGAGCAGACUGUCAAGCAGGGGAGAGUCUGUGGGGGCGGAGGUGGUUGGCAUUCCUGGCACUCACCUGGUGUUGCCAGGGCCGUAAGUCUGUGCCCUGGCCUCACUGCUGAGGAUCACAAGUUGGCUAUCCUUGGCAUCUCUAUGGUUUCCCACUGAUUCCACUCCAUUCCAGACAGCUGGGGGCUGAUAUGGGUGGUGGUGCUGGGAGGGAGGGGUUGAAAGAAAUUUGGAGAGGGAGAGGGAGAAGCAUUGGGCUGCUGGAGGGGUCAUUAUCCCAAGGUCUGCUACUCAGUGAGUGACCAUUCUGGUUCAGCCCCAGGGCCAAGAAUGGCCAGGACAGUAGGAAUGGUAGAGCCUUUCCAAUAAAUUGAGCGUCAGGGUGGGGAUGGGCUUGUCCACACCCUGCGGGCUGGUGGGGCAGGCCAGGCUGGGUUUCUCCAUAUCAAACCUCCUUGUUUGUGGGGUCGGCCUGUCCUGGGUGGAUGCCUGGGUCAAGUGUGCUAGCUCUGAGCCUCCAUGGGAGCCCCCCAGCCCUGAGUGUUUCCCUUUGUGUCCUCCAGGUGAAGAGCGAGGGUCCCAAGCUGGUGCCCUUCUUUAAAGCCACCUGUGUGUAUUUUGUGCUGUGGCUGCCCUCAUCCAGCCCGUCGUGGUUCAGCGCCCUCAUCAAGUGCCUGCCCAUCUUCUGCCUUUGGCUCUUCCUUCUGGCCCAUGGCCUGGGAUUCCUGCUGGCCCACCCCAGCGCCACCCGCAUCUUUGUGGGGCUCAUCUUCUCUGCUCUGGGUGAUGCCUUCCUCAUCUGGCAGGAUCAGGGCUACUUCGUGCACGGUCUGCUGAUGUUUGCUGUGACCCACGUGCUCUACGCCUCAGCCUUUGGCAUGAGGCCACUGGCCUUGCGGACAGGACUGGUGAUGGCAGUGCUGUCAGGCCUGUGCUAUGCCCUCCUCUAUCCUGGCCUUUCAGGUGCCUUCAUCUACCUGGUGGGGGUCUACGUGGCCCUUAUCACCUUCAUGGGCUGGCGGGCUAUGGCAGGGCUGCGGCUGGUUGGGGCAGCCUGGCGCUGGACUGAGCUGGCAGCUGGCAGUGGUGCAUUGCUCUUUAUAGUCUCAGACAUGAUCAUCGGCCUUGACAAGUUCUGCUUCCCUGUGCCCUACUCCCGGGCGCUGAUCAUGUCCACCUACUACGCCGCCCAGAUGCUCAUCGCCCUGUCUGCUGUCGAGAGCCGGGAGCCACUGGAAGACUAUGGACUGAGCAAGGCCAACUGAAGAGCUGGGGUCUGGUCACCUCUCUGUCCUCCUGGGACUGGGAUUCAGGACCUGGGAACCUGCAGGAGCUGGAUCAGGAUGGCUGCAGUGCCAACCUGGGGCAGCAGGUACCGCCUGGCAAAUUGACUAGUUUGAGGGAAUGAGCAGGAAAAGGAUCUCCCUAGCAGAACUAGUGGUCCAGGAUAAUGGUGAGAGCUAAAGAGAGCUCUGGACUGUCAAAGCCCCCUGAGGGUGAUGGUGCUCAGCUUCUUAACCCCUCCUUCCUACUAGGGGGAGGACUCUGACUCCAUGUCUUAUGCCCAGGACCAAUGGCAAUGCUGGGUUCACCCGCUCUCACCCUCUCUUAUCUGCACAGAGUUGAGGGAAAGGGGAGAAAUUUGUGCGGAGAUGACCCAGGCCCGGGGCUUGAAGCCCUUUUCACAGGCCCCUAGUUGGGAAGAUUGGAUGAGGGUGGAGUCUCCCUUUCUCUCAUCUAUCCUUAUUACUUGAACAAUCUCAAUCUCUAAGGGGUGGGUGGGAAGGUAAAGGGGUGUCUGUUCAGGGUAGGCAGGAGAGGAGACUGCCUUGGCUUGGAAACUUGGGGUACCACCUCUCUCACAGGCCAGUCCAGAGCUCAGGCCUCACGCCACCCUCAGACCCCAUCCCUGGGGCUAGGGUAAACCAUGCCAAAGGAAGGGACCAGCCUUUGCGCAUGCAUGCACACGCGUGCGUGCGUGCGUGUGUGUGUGUAGUCUGUGUCCCAGCUUAUCUGUCUUUGUCUGCCAUCUGUGUCUUGCUGUCUGAGGCGUUAUGAGCCUGGCUCAGAGAGCUGCCCACCCUCCACUUACAAUGCUUUCUUCCCUGCCCCUCCUGCACUGGGGGCAAAGGGAAGGGGCUCCAAUGACACUCUGGGGUCACUGAGACCCAAGGCACAUUCAAUGCAAGGGGAGUAAGGGUGGGGCAACUCCAUCCUCUACUGCCCAUGUGAAAAAAAAAUAAAAAACAAAGGCCGUAGCUGCCCUGCUUGUCUGCCUGGAUGGCAUGUGCCUGUCCUGGAGAGGGGGUGGGGGCAUGGUGCCAGGGGCCCUGGCUGUCUUCACUGUCUGAGUCACAGUCCUGGCCAGUGCAUUUUGGCGCCAGGCUGGUUCCCUGGCUCUGGUGACACUGUGCUGUUUGGAGUGGGUCUCACUUCCCUGGUCACUUGCAUGGGCAAGGAUCUGGUUCAGGAGAAUGAGGGACUUGUAGUAUUUGCCAUUGUCCCAAUUUGUCCUUGAUGCACUCUCCUGAUGACAGAUGCUGAGCACCCUUGGGUAAACUCCUAGUUGUCCAGUGUCCUCCAAUACGGCCUGUACUCGCUCCUCCCUGCCCAGACCUAUUGCCUGCUCCAAAAUGAGCCAGAUUCCCUUCUCUCUCCCUGGAUCCUGGGGUCAGUUGAGCAGCUGGGAGAAAUGGGAUUAGAUUGACUGAUUCAUACUUUAGAUGUGAAGACCUGGCAGAACAAUGUGUCAUCCCACUCCAGGGGCAUUUGCAUUUUUAACCAGCAGUGACCUAACCUAGAAGUGGAAAGGGAAGCCUUGGGUGGUGGUGAGUGCCCUGUUAGUGGAGGUGUUACACAGUUGUGGGGAUACGAUAUAGGAGAUAGGGUGUUGGAUAAAUCAGUGAUUUUCAAACGAGGGUUGUUACAGAGAUCCCUAGUUGGGGGUGAUAAGGGAAUAAGGAGGGGAGGGGGCUCAAAGACUCCCUAUCUUUGUUUCAAGUCCAGUAGCUUCUUAAGGUUCUUUUUUUUAAAGGAAGUGUACUGCUGCAAAACAUAAGUUUGAAACCUAGUGAACUGAAUGACCAAUCAGUCCCUUCAAGCUCUGACAUGCUCUAAUUCUCAAAUGGUGGGAACCCUGUACACUGAAGCGGCCAGGUCCUGAUGCCCUCAAACCCCAGAACUCUGAAGACAGACCUGCUCUGAGGACAUGGGAAGGAGCAGGACGGGGAAGUGGAUGAAGAGACAUACCCUUAGGGGAGGGGAGGAUGCAGUGUGGCUGAGGCAGCAAAUCCAAGUGCAGUCAGAGGGGACUUGUCACUCCCCAUGUGGGUGGGCUUAGGUCAGGCUUUCAGUCAUCCAGGCCCCGGUAUUCCCAUCCCACACCCAUGUCCAUCCCCUCGGUCCCUGCUGUAUACCACCCUCGGGAAUAGGCAAGGGUGAGCUCAGUGAGUUUAUUGACCCAUCCAUUCACUAGAUGUUUACAUUGACAAGCACCAGAGGGUAAACUGGGCUUUCCAUUCUGGGGCCAUGCAGAGGGUAGUCCCAGAAGCUGACAUCACAACAUUCUCCUGAUGCUGGGGCUCGCAUAAGGUGCUUUGAUUUCUUCUGUAAAUUCUCAGUAAUGGAUGCUAGAAUUGACUUGUCAUCUUUGUCUGAAAGAACAAAGAAAGAAUUUGUUAGUGUUAAUGAUGCUGGGAGGAGCCCUGGUGGCAAAGUGGUUAAAUGUUUGGCUGCUAACCAACAGGUUGGUGGUUUGAACCUACCCAGCUGCUCUGCCAAAGACCUGGCAGUCUGCUACUAUAAAGAUUACAGCCUAGAAAACCGUAUGGGGCAGUUCUACUCUGUCACUUGGGGUCACUAUGAGUGUGAAUUGACUCAGUGGCACCCAACAACAACAGUGAUGCUGGGGGGAGGGGACCUCUAAACUCCUGCUCUUGUAGUUACUACACAGGACUCAGGAGCUGGACCCUGAAUCCUCCCCUGGGGGUGAGCCCCAGUUCCCAACGGUCAGCUAAGUGUAUGGGAUCAAGAGUUGCCAUUUAUUCAGAGCUUCACAUUUGCUGGGUACCAUGCCAGG